AUAGAAAACGUAUCAUUUGCAUUCAUAUUUAGAAUAAUUCUCGGUAUGGAAGAACUUCAGAAACUUGAGUAUUUAUCUUUGGUGUCUAAAGUAUGUACUGAACUGGAAAACCACCUUGGUAUAAAUGACAAGGAUUUGGCCGAGUAUGUAAUUGAUCUUGCUGAGAAAAAUGACACAUUUGAUAAGCUGAAGAAAGCUUUGGAAGAGAGGGAUGCCCAGUUCAGUGAUUCACUUGUGGCAAAUCUGCUACGACUGAUAAAAAAGAUGAAGCCAAAACAAGUAGCAACAAGUAGCAAAGCCACUGACAACAAGGAAAAUGAAGUAAAGAAGAGUGAUGAACAGAUUAAUAAAACACUAUACCCAGGACUGGCCAUGCCCAAUGAUCCCAAAGUUAGGGACAUGUUAGAAGUGACUGAGAAGAAAGAUGGAGACGAGACACAUCAUGGAGAUGAGAAAGUGGCACAAUCAAUGAUGGGUGAACUAGAGGCUCUGUUUGGACAACCAUCUAGUCCAACCAAGGCCAGCACUAGCAGUAAACAUCCAGAGAAGAAAAGUAAACACAGAAGCAGAAGUCGUGAAAGAAAAAAGAAAAGGAGAUCUCGAAGCCGUUCUAGAGAUAGGUCAAACUACAGAAGUCAAUCUCGAGACAGGAACCGAUCACGAAGUCGAUCUCGAGACAGGAACCGAUCACGAAGUCGAUCUCGAAACAGGAAGAAACAUCGAUCUCGUAGCCGAUCUCGAGACACAAAGAAAGAUCAUUACCGAGACCGGCAUAGUCCUGACGAUGAUAGGUAUUAUGCUCACAGUAAGAAGUCACGUGACCGACCACGGAAUAAAGACAAGGAUCACAGUAAAGACAAAUACAACGACAUUCCCAUGGAACCCUCUGUUGGUGAUAUUUACACUGGCAAAGUGACGACCAUCAUGCAGUUUGGCUGUUUUGUACAGCUCGAAGGAUUGCGGAAACGCUGGGAAGGCUUGGUUCACAUAUCACAGUUACGCCGAGAAGGACGGGUUACCAAUGUGACUGACGUUGUAAGCAGGGGUCAAAAAGUAUUUGUAAAGGUGUUGUCAUUCACAGGAAACAAGACCAGUUUAUCCAUGAAGGAUGCGGAUCAGAAUAGUGGAGAAGAUCUGAACCCCGGAAAGACAAAAUCUCUUAAGGGUGAUGACGAACAUAUGGAGAUGGAAGCCCGGAAUCCUGACCGCCCAAUAACAAUGCCCCUUGUUGGCGCUCUGGAACAAGAUGAGAUAGUUUCAACACAGAAGACAUUCAAGCGUAUCUCGUCACCCGAGCGCUGGGAGAUCAAACAGAUGAUUGCUGCCAAUGUGAUUGACAAGUCACAGCUGCCAGACUUUGAUGAAGAAACGGGGCUUCUUCCAAAAGAUGACGAUUCAGAUGAGGAUGUGGAAGUGACACUAGUGGAGGAGGAGCCACCUUUCUUACAUGGUCAUGGUCGUCAUUGGGUUGACCUGAGUCCAGUUAAAAUUGUUAAAAAUCCUGAUGGGUCACUGGCCCAGGCAGCCAUGAUGCAGAGUGCUCUUCAAAAGGAGAGGAGAGAAAUGAAGCAAGCCCAAAGAGAGGCUGAGAUAGAUUCUGUACCAGCUGGUCUCAACACAGAUUGGAUUGAUCCCAUGCCCUCUGCUGAUGGUCGUAAACUUGCUGCAAACAUGCGAGGAGUGGGCAUGACUCCACAAGAUAUUCCUGAAUGGAAGAAACAUAUAACUGGGGGGGCAAAGGCCUCUUAUGGAAAGAAGGAGAAAAAGUCCCUUCUUGAACAAAGACAGAGUUUGCCAAUAUUUAAACUUAAAGAAGAACUUGUUAAGGCUGUGAAUGACAACCAGAUCCUGAUCGUGAUUGGUGAGACUGGGUCAGGGAAGACAACUCAGAUCACACAGUACCUGGCAGAAGCUGGGUACAUCACUCGGGGAAAGAUCGGCUGUACUCAGCCUCGUCGAGUAGCAGCAAUGUCCGUGGCCAAGAGAGUGUCAGAAGAAUUUGGCUGUAGAUUGGGACAGGAGAUUGGCUACACGAUCCGUUUUGAGGACUGCACGAGCCCGGAGACGAAGAUCAAGUACAUGACGGACGGCAUGAUGCUGCGGGAGUGUCUGAUUGACCCCGACCUGCUGCAGUACUCCAUCAUCAUGCUGGAUGAAGCCCACGAGAGAACCAUCCACACAGAUGUCCUCUUUGGCUUACUCAAACAGGCAGUCAAGAAACGUCCUGAGUUGAAGCUAAUUGUUACCUCAGCAACCCUUGAUGCUGUUAAAUUCUCCCAGUAUUUCUUUGAAUCUCCUAUAUUCACAAUUCCUGGUCGCACAUAUCCUGUAGAGAUCUUGUACACAAAGGAAGCAGAAACCGACUACCUCGAUGCAUCUCUGAUUACGGUUAUGCAGAUCCACCUCACAGAACCACCAGGUGACAUCCUGCUGUUUUUGACGGGUCAGGAGGAGAUCGACUCGGCUUGUGAGAUCCUGUACGAGAGGAUGAAGGCUCUUGGUCCUGAGGUUCCAGAACUUUUAAUCCUGCCAGUGUACAGUGCUCUGCCCAGCGAGAUGCAGACUCGCAUCUUUGACCCAGCUCCUCUAGGCUCUAGGAAGGUAGUGAUAGCUACAAAUAUUGCUGAAACUUCUUUGACAAUUGAUGGUAUUUACUAUGUGGUUGAUCCAGGCUUCGUCAAACAGAAAGUCUACAACUCCAAAACAGGGAUGGAUCAACUUAUUGUUACUCCAAUUUCACAGGCUCAGGCCAAACAGAGAGCAGGUCGUGCCGGGCGGACUGGACCUGGCAAGUGUUACCGUCUGUACACGGAGCGGGCCUAUCGAGAUGAAAUGUUGCCAAGCAACGUGCCCGAGAUCCAGCGCACCAACUUGGCCAGCACUGUGCUUUCACUGAAAGCUAUGGGUAUCAAUGAUCUUUUGUCAUUCGACUUCAUGGACGCCCCUCCCAUGCAGACCCUCAUCUCGGCCAUGGAACAGCUGCACGCUCUAAGCUCUCUAGAUGAUGAGGGCUUGCUAACACGACUUGGCAGGAGGAUGGCAGAGUUUCCACUUGAGCCAAUGUUGUCUAAGAUGUUGAUCAUGUCUGUUCAUCUGGCCUGCAGUGAUGAAAUCCUCACUAUAGUGUCCAUGUUGUCUGUGCAAAAUGUCUUCUACAGACCAAAGGAUAAGCAAGCCUUGGCAGACCAGAAGAAGGCCAAGUUCCACCAGCCAGAGGGAGACCACUUGACCAUGUUGUCGGUGUACAAUUCAUGGAAGAACAAUCGUUUUGCCAGUCCGUGGUGCUACGAGAACUUUGUCCAGAUCCGAACCCUCAAACGGGCUCAAGAUGUUCGCAAACAGAUGCUGGGCAUUAUGGACAGACAUAAACUGGAUGUUGUGUCCUGUGGUAAAAACACCACAAAAGUACAGAAAGCAAUUUGUAGCGGUUUCUUCCGUAAUGCAGCCAAGAAAGAUCCCCAGGAAGGAUACCGCACAAUAGUUGACAGUCAAGUGGUUUACAUCCAUCCCUCCAGUGCUCUCUUCAACAGGCAACCCGAUUGGGUGGUCUAUCAUGAGCUUGUGUUGACAACAAAGGAGUACAUGCGAGAAGUGACAGCCAUUGAUUCCAAGUGGCUUGUGGAGUUUGCAGCAAAGUUCUUCCGAUUCUCGGAUCCAACGAAGCUCAGCAAACAGAAAAAACAGCAGAAGAUUGAACCUCUUUACAACAAAUAUGAAGAACCCAAUGCCUGGAGAAUAUCUCGUGCUUUCAGGAAAUUUCAUACCAAAGUCACAUUUUGAUUGGUUUUUAAAUAUCUGUAUAACGGGACUACCAGAUCCAAAAUUGUGUACAGUUAAAGUUUGUUUUGUUUAAUGACUCCACUAGAGCAUAUUGAUUUAUUAAUCAUCAGCUAUUGGAUGUCAAACAUUUGGUAAUUUAAAAAAAAAAAAUAUUUAUAUUUUUUUCAAGAAACAAAAACCCACCACAAACGUUUAACAGAGACAAGGACAUUUUUUGUUUUUGUACAUUACAAACAUGUAUGAUCAUGAGAUGAAUAGUGAAGCCACAGUGUUUCCAUUUCGGUAUGGGACUACUUGACAGGGCCUUGCUCCACCUGUGCUGUCAGUUGAGCUAUCUUGGUAUCACCCGAGAUCGGGUACACAAAACCUGUAGUGCAUGCCAGGUAAUCAUCCCCCAUGUUGGGUCAUAUACUUGAGACACACACCCAUAAGUGGGUUGGAACUGGUACUGGCAUGAAAAAUCCCCCAAUGACUCAGGUGGGAUACGAACCCGUUACCUACCAGCCUCAAGUCCGAUGGCACAACCACUACACCACCGAGGCCGGAACUCACUAGAACAAGAGAUAGCCCAGUGGGGCUGCCGAUGGGGAUCAAUCCUAGACUGACCAUGCAUCAAGCAAAUGCUUUACCACUGGACUACGUCCUGCCCAAAUUUUGUACAUAUUAUGUUUUUACGCAUGGAUAAGAAUAUUGGAAAUUCAUUGACAUUUUGUUGUAAAUAUUUCUAUCACAGGACUGCUUUAUUUAAGAAAAUGGCCACACACAAAAAAAAAAUUCUAUGGAAAAAUAGUUGGCAUAGUAAUUUUCAUAAGUGUUUUACAGUUAAUGUGUUGAGAGUUUGAUUUGUCAGUAUUACAAAAAAUAAAUAAUUAAGAGAAGAAAUACUGAAAAUUGAAAGUUCCAUGGAAAAUAAAACUUUGCAGCAAUCUCCAUGAUAUUGUUCAUUAACUACCAUAGUUCAUUGUUGGUGUUGUUUACAAGUUUCUCAAUAAAAAUAUUUGUUUAUGAAGCCAGUUUCAUCUUGGAUUUGGGUUUUUGUACCAAAACAUGUGUACAGAUUGAUUUUGUAAAGAGGUUUUUUUUAAACAGACAUUACAAAAUUGAAAUUAAAUAGGUGAUGACUGUGUAUUGGCAUUGGCAUUGAACUGCAAGAAUAAUCAAGUGUCAAGCCUACUUCAGUUAUUUGUAAGCUUGGGUGUGUUAUUUUUUUUAACCCUUUCCGACUAUGGAACAGGAAAUCCUGUUAAAAAGAAAAAUCACUGUUCAGACUACAGAAUGGGAAAUUCCGUUGUGUGUUUUCAGUUUGUAUUUACCACCAAAUUUGUCACAGGCUGACAUGCGCAAUAGAGGCAGUGCUAACAAAAACAUCCUGUAGAAGUGUUACAUGGUUUGCCAUGAGAAUGUGCUCAUUUGUUCGGAACUUUUUCAGCCUGUUUGGUAUAACUGUUCUGUUAACUACAUUGGCGACAUCCAUUUUUGAUAAUAUGGCCUUCACGGAAAAUGACUGCGAUAGUGAUGUUUAAUCGGAAUGUGAGAGUGAUAAUUCCGAUGGAAUUCCACUAGCUGAAAUACUAUCACAAAUUCAAGAUGACAUACCACUUUCGAGAUUUGCACGUGGUCGGAGAUAUUUUCUAAAUGGGUUUAAUCAUUUACACAUUUUCAUAGAAAUUUGAUAUGGUUUUAUAACCAGUGAUUUAAAAAAUAUAUAUACCUGUAUAUAUGUAUAAUAAUGAGCUACUUCUCAUAGAAAAUUGAUUUAUGUUUAUAAAUAUGCUUGAACUAGUCUUCUACUAUGAAUAAUAAAUAAGUUAUCAUCAAAUAACCAUCUGUAAAUUUAUCCUUUGUUUAAUUGUCAAAUAUAUCAAUUCCUGGGGCACUUUGAAGUCAAUGGGUUAACAAGUCUGAAAGGGUUAAUUACUACACAAGAAAGAGAUUAACAACUGUCUGGAUAAAUACCACCACCCUCCUGACGUAGUAGGGUCUUCCCUGCCCAAAGGUAAUAAAAUGUGACUUUUGGGUCAUAUUCCAUAAAUUAACCAUGACUUGCUAAUUUGUAAUUCACAUGUUUGCUGGUACGAAAAUACCUUUGUCUUUUCAGCUACAUAAACUUAAGUCUGUUGUUUGUCUAUUGUUUGGGAAACACAUUAAUUUUGACACCAUGGCAAGGACAAUUGGACAAUAUUUUACCACAUUAUUUAUGGUUUGUCGCUUGUGUUGCAUGACAGCUAAAUUCUGUGGUUGCAUUGGUGGGGUAAAAGAUGUACUGAAAACAACCACUGGGUCUGACUUUACUGGUCGUAAUACGUAAUACAUAGUAGUGGGAUGGUCUUAAUACCGCAGUGUUUUUUACUAUAAAAUAGUAAGGAAAUAUUCUGGUCUUUAAAAUAUUGGUCUUUAUAGCGAGGAGGUCUUAGAACUGGGGUGGUCGUUAGGUGGGGUCUCACUGAUCUUAGACAUCUUUAAAUUUUCAUUUUAAUGUAUAUUUGUAAAUAGAUAAAUUUUUAUAUGUUCAAGCAUGAUUGAGUGUAUGUAUGCACAUAUACAUAUAUCUGAAUCUUUAGACUGGGAGAUUAAUGAUUAAUUAUUAUGUCUUGUUUUUAUAACUUGUAAAGUACAAUGUUGUCAUUUUAAUUAAAUUAUGUCACGAAUAUAA